AUGGUUUGGUGGGGAGUGUCAUAUGAGGGUGUUACUCAACUGCAUUUCUGUGAGCAGGGAGUCAAAUCACGUGCGGUUAACUACCAAAAUGAUAUUUUAGAAAAGGUAGUGAAGCCUUUAAGUGAUACUUUGUUUGUAGGAAAGAACUGGACCUUUCAGCAGGAUUCAGCGCCUGCACAUAAAGCAAAAACCACACAACGCUGGUUAGAGGUCAAUUUACCUGAAUUUAUCGCCGCUCAAGAUUGA